AUGCAGAAGACUGGCAUGUACCUGACUGGUGUGGCCUCGCUCUGCCUGGCACUUGCCCCGGUCAUGGCAGUGGACAGAAGCGCCCCUCCCAGUGAGAGCACUGCGGCCCCCAGUCUCCAGAUUGUCACCUUUAAGUGGCACCACGUCCAGGCGCCCUACAUCAUCGCACUAUGGAUUCUGGUGGCAAGUUUAGCCAAAAUUGUUUUUCACCUCUCCCACAAAGUGACUACCGUUGUGCCAGAGAGCUGUCUCCUGAUUGUGCUUGGCCUGUUGCUGGGUGGUAUAGUAUGGGCUGCAGACCACAGCGCUUCCUUCACCUUAACACCAACGGUGUUCUUCUUUUACCUAUUGCCGCCCAUUGUACUGGAUGCUGGCUACUUUAUGCCAAACAGACUAUUUUUUGGAAAUCUGGGCACUAUUCUUCUGUAUGCAGUCAUCGGAACAGUCUGGAACGCCGCAACCACUGGCCUGUCACUGUAUGGUGUUUACUUAACUGGAGUAAUGGGAGAUUUAGGAAUCGGUGUGCUGGACUUUCUACUCUUUGGGAGCCUCAUUGCUGCCGUGGACCCAGUCGCUGUCCUGGCUGUAUUUGAAGAAGUUCAUGUCAAUGAUGUCUUAUUUAUCAUAGUUUUUGGAGAAUCUCUACUGAAUGAUGCGGUGACAGUGGUAUUGUACAAUGUAUUUGACUCUUUUGUUGCCAUUGGAGGAGAUAAAGUGACAGCUGUGGAUUGUGUCAAAGGGGUUGUGUCUUUUUUUGUGGUGAGCAUCGGAGGGACACUGAUUGGUAUCGUCUUUGCAUAUCUUCUCAGCCUCGUUACACGAUUUACCAAGCACGUGAGGAUAAUUGAGCCUGGAUUCGUCUUCAUUAUUUCCUAUCUGUCUUAUCUUACAGCAGAGAUGCUUUCUCUAUCUGCAAUCCUUGCAAUUACUUUUUGUGGAAUCUUCUGCCAGAAAUAUGUUAAAGCCAAUAUUUCAGAACAAUCUGGGACUACUGUGAGAUACACCAUGAAGAUGUUGGCAAGUGGAGCUGAAACUAUUAUCUUCAUGUUCUUGGGAAUAUCAGCUGUUGAUCCAACUAUUUGGGAGUGGAAUACAGCUUUCAUACUUUUGACAUUGGUUUUUAUCUCCGUUUACAGAGUUAUUGGUGUUGUUGUGCAAACAUGGAUUUUAAAUCGCUAUAGAAUGGUACAGCUGGAAAUAAUAGAUCAAGUUGUGAUGUCAUACGGCGGACUGCGGGGUGCUGUUGCCUUCGCUUUAGUCGCUUUAUUAGACAGCAACAAAGUAAAAGCGAGGAAUUUGUUUGUCAGCACGACUAUAAUUGUUGUGUAUUUUACAGUCAUAUUUCAGGGAUUAACUAUUAAACCGUUGGUACAAUGGCUAAAAGUGAAGAGGAGUGAACAUCGUGACCGAAAGCUAAAUGAAAAGCUUCAUGGCAGAGCAUUCGAUCACAUUUGUUCGGCUAUCGAGGAUGUCUCUGGGCAAAUUGGACACAACUACAUGAGAGAUAAGAUCUCAAAAAUUGAUGCAAAAUAUCUCAGCAAAAUAUUUAUGCGAAAAUCAGCCCAAAAGACACAAGAUCGCAUUCUUAAUGUUUUCCAUGAGUUAAAUAUGAAAGAUGCUAUAAGUUAUGUUACAGAGGGAGAACGCAGGGGCUCAUUAGCCUUUAUCCGCUCACCAAGCAUGGAAAAUAUGGCCAAUGUGGAUUUUAGCAGUCCUCGUCCAUCUGUCAGUGAGCCCUCCGUUUCCUUCUUCUUAAGAGAAAAUGUCAGUGCCGUCUGCCUAGACAUGCAAGCUCUGGAGCAACGGAGGAAAAGCUUGAAAGAUGUAGAAGAUAUGUUAAGCCACCGUACACUGCAGCAAUAUCUAUAUAAACCUAGAAGACAGCAAAAACACCUCUACAGUCGUCAUGAAGUUAUAUUAGAUGAAGAUGAAAAACAAACUAAGGAGAUAUUUCAAAGAACGAUGAAGAAGCGCUUGGAGUCCUUUAAGUCAACCAAAUUUGGACGUAAGCAAGCCAAACAUCUAAACAAAAAUUACAAGAGAGAUCGAGGGCAGAGAAGAAACAGCAGUAUGCUUAUGCUACAGAACGGGAGUAUUCCAUAUGAACACAAGGAGCACGAAAUGGACAUAGAUCCAGAAGACACUAUGGAAUAUGACGCUCAGCACGAUGGCAGCAUUACGUUUUUAACAUCUUUGACAGAACACAAAGGAAUGGCAGACCCAGCGACCGGAAUUGAUAAUCCUGUAUUUUCCACUGAUGAUGAGCAAAAUUUCUCUGUGACGUUUGCGCCGUGGUUGCACAACGAAGACGCAGUAGUCCCAUCCCAAAGGGCACGCGUUCAGAUUCCGUAUUCUCCAAACAACUUCAGAAGACUCACCCCGUUGCGUAUCAGCACUAGAUCAGUUGAUUCCUUUUUGAUAGCAGAUGGUGCAGAAGAACGACCCAGAUCUUUGCUUCCAGAGACAACAAAUAUGUAA